CCUGAAGAUGAAACUCGCUGCUACCUAUGAACUGUUAGUGGAUGCUGUUGGGCCAUGGGACUUCUCUGGAGGCUUUGUUCCUUGUGAGCUGCUGCUAACUGGAAAGGAUGCCUUCCCUGUGCUUGUGAGCCCUCAAAAACAAGUUCUGAUUGCUGUUUCACAGUAUGGGAAGGGCCGGAUGGUGGUUGUUUCUCAUGAGGGAAUCUUAAAGGACUCCAAGUUUUCCCAGUUUCUCAGAAAUGCAGUGGAUUGGCUGAAGCCCUGCCCUGGGGCGCUGGUUGGAGUCCAUCAUCAUUUGGAUUCCCUCUCCAAGCUGCUCCUCGGGGCUGGCACCAAAGUGCAGGCCGGAGCAGAGCUCAGCACCUCUCUGGGUGUGUACUGUAUGGAUGCCUAUGACAGUACUCAGGCAAAGAACCUGAUUCACUUUGUAAAGGAAGGUGGGGGCUUGCUCAUUGGAGGCCAGGCCUGGUACUGGGCUAGCCAACAUGGCAAGGAGAAGGUGCUGUUUGAAUUUCCUGGGAACCAGGUGACCAGUGUGGCUGGUGUGUAUUUCACUGGAAACUCUGUAGGAAAGGGGAUCUUCAAAGUUUCAAAGAAGAUACCAAAGAUUCCCUUACUUGUCCCACAUCAUGCCAAUCUCAGCCUCGAUGCUGAGUUUCUGCUGCGUGGCGUGGCAGAGCUGGAUGUUGCGACAGGCGGUGUACCCUCCAGCUUGCUGGUGCACGGCGUGCUCGCCUUCCCGCUCUGCCUGGACAGCUCACACCGGUGUCUCGUAGCCGCAGCGCGCUAUGGCAAAGGGCGCGUUGUGGUGGCAACUCACGAGAGUCAGCUGCAGUCCCCAAAGUUGGCUGGAUUCCUGCUCAACGCUGUCCAGUGGCUGGACGCGGGGAGGAAGGGGCUGGUAGGUGUGGAUGGCAGCCUGAAGAGACUGUGUAACUUGUUCCCUCAUGGAGACAUGAAGCUCCAGGUGUCACACCUGACAAGUGGUAUGAGCGUGUACUGCUGCCCUUCCUACAGCGACAGAGAGGUGGAGAAGAUUCAUGCUUUUGUGGCGGAGGGAGGCGGCCUGCUCAUUGGAGGCCAGGCUUGGUACUGGGCUUCCCAGAACCGCAGCAAAGCUGCUGUGGCUGAAUACCCUGGCAACAAAAUCCUCAAUCACUUCGGGCUCAGCAUUCUGGGUCUGAAUAUCAAGGCAGCCAAAUACCCAGCUGUGGUGCCCGGGGAGCACUAUCACUUCCGCAAGGCACUCUCACUUUUCUGGAGGCAUGUAGAGAAGAAUGAGGAGCUCAAAAGACCCUUGAAGGACUGGCUGCAAAGGCUGACACAAGACUGUGCUGCCUUUCUGCGCAUCCCGGCCGAAGACUGCCCUACGUACGCCUCGCUCCACCGCAUCCUGAGCAAAGUGCUUCGCAGGAGCGGCAUUCCGCCUGUCAGCCAGCACUUCCCUGUCCAGAGCAACUCCAAAGAGGCUGCCCUUCUCUGCAUAGCAAAUGAGCUGUCCUGUGCCAUGACAGACUGUGCAGCCCUAGUGCAGAAACCCGCCUGUGGGGUCUGUGACCUCCCUGUGACUGUGGAGAUUGAUGGCACAAACCCAGGUAAGACAGCCUGGAGAAGCACAGGACUCUAUCUCCCUGAAGGACACACAGCAGUUAUAACAUUCCCUUGCAUGGCAGUCGGUGCUGGUCUGCAGGUGCAGAUUGGAUGUCAUGCGGAUGACCUCUCUCAUGCUGCACAGCUGAAACGGGCUCCAGUGGUGAUUCGCACCUGUGAUAUUACCUGCCAGAAGCAGUCUGUUUCCUGCCUCUGGGGUGGCCUUAUUUACAUCACAGUGCCAGGAAAGAGCGUCCUGGGAAAACUGUCCAUCACUGUAGAAGGGGCAGUGAGAGCUCCUUUCUUCAAGCUUGGGGAGACCUGUGAAAAACAGUGGCAGGCCUGUAUCCGGCAUUACCCUGCUCCCUGGGCAGAACUAGCUGUUGAGAACCUUAUCCUGACGGUGCCAGCUGACAGCGUUCGCCACAUAGAGAACCCAAAGCCACUGCUGAGCCUGUGGGAUGAGAUCAUGGUGGCAAUAAGCACGCUGGCGGCCAUACCAACAAAAUUCCCAAGGCCAGAGAGGAUUGUUACGGAUGUCCAGAUCUCAUGUGGUAGGUGUAUUGCUUUAUGGCCUUCUCUGGGAGCGCAGAGGGAAGUGGCCUCUAGCAGCAGUGUCCAUUGCUUUGAGGUUGUUGUGCUAAAAUUGGAGUACAAACUUAUAUAA